GAAGACAUAAAUAUCUUUUCAUACAAUUUCUUCUAUAAUUAAUGAUGUAACUACUGUGGAAUCAUUAGAAUUCAUGGUGGCCGAAUUUUCGUGGUUUUCGUGGUUAGCCCUCCCCCACGAAUUUACGUCCUCCACAAAACAAGUUUUGAAAGCGUUACUAAAACUGAAAACUAACACAUCCACGAAAUUACAUCCCCACAAAUAAGCAAAAAACCAACAAUCAACGAAAAUUGGCCCCCAAGAAUUUAAUUGAUUCCACAGUAUCACUUUUUGGCCUCACGUGUCACAUAUAUCACAUAGAGCAUUUUUCAUGCAUACAGGUUUAUUUAUCAUCUUAACGAUCGAAUGCAGAAAUGAAGUGGGACAAGUCUUUUUUUUAUCGGAGGGAGAUAACUGUAUUGUUUUGUUUGUUCACGCUAUCAGACCUGCUGUCACAUGAUGAGGAUGCUGCAGGAUCUCUAGAUCCUACCUUAGAAUCUCUAGAUCCCAUUCUGCCUAUGACAACCACUCGUUCCCCCACUGUUACUACCUACAGUGGACUCGCCUCGGGUGGUAUCUUUAGUGUGGAUGAUGCCGAAGUCGACACAGAUCUGUCCUCCCUCUCUGCUAUGACAAGUUCUGAUGUCCACGGCUCUGGUCUAUUGGAGACCUCCAACCUAGCCACUCUUUCUUCUUGGGGAACGGGAACCAGCAUCUUUGGAGCAGGUGGUUCCCUGAUAAGUGACCAGGGCACCCCUGGUCUGCCCAAGGGUAGGGGCUCCGUGAGAGGAAACACUGCAGGUUUAUUGACCGUCCUCUGGUAGAAGUAGAUGAGUGAAUGUCUAGGAUCCUUUGUUGUCGUGAGAUCACUCCGUAACUCAGUCUAUUACUGCACUCUCUCAAGUCCAGUUUAUUUGUCUCAGUUUGAGUUUCAUUUUUUUGUAACUUUAGAGAAUUUCUCAGAACUUUGAUUUAGCAAUUAGAAUUCUUUGUGUUAUUGAUAUAAGGUAUUGAUAGAUUAGUGUCUUUCAGUUUCUAGCUAUCUGUUGAUUUGUUUAAAGACAAGUUUGUAUAGGCUGAUUCUGUUCUACAAAUAUAUAUACCGGUAUCUAGAAUUAAGCAGAAAAUAUGUGAUGCAUAUCGAUUAUUCGUUAUUCUUGUCUUACAGAUAUGUAGUUUUCAUUGCAGUAGUUUUGUUUCUGUGAAAAGCUGUUAGUAAUUUUGUAAGAUUUGUUCUGAAGCUGUGGUUAAAGUUGUAGUUAAAGUAUUGUAACCAAAUAUAAUGAAAACAAAUGUUUAUAUAUAUCUGUAUUAAAUUAUAUAAACCUGUACAUAGACAUCCAAGCAUUAAGAUCUCCUGUAUAAAUAAAAACAGAACAGCUAGAUAAACAAUGCAUACACAGAUUUACACCUGUUAACACUAAAAUCCUCUGUAAAAAGAAAUUCAGAACAGUUAGAUAUACAAUAUAAACACAGAUUCACAGCUAUAAACAACACUAAGGUUCAUGUAAGUAAUGAUUGUAGGCCAAAAACUGCCCAUUCUGUCAGAUAUUGUACAGGCCGAGCAAUGUCAGCGCCAAGGAUGGUACAAUAUCUGACUGAAUACAGAUUUAUACAGAUAUACAGCCUUUUAAAAUAAAAUUAUCUCUAAUCGCAUGUACUUAUAGCUGUACACAAUGAUACAAGUAGACCUAUUUUACAGCAGAUAAUAUCAAAUGUAAACAAAUAGACCAAUUUUACAGCAGAUAAUAUUUUCAACUGUAAACAAGUAGACCUAUUUUACAGCAGAUAAUAUCAAAUGUAAACAAGUAGACCAAUUUUACAGCAUUUAAAGCUGUACAUUUUUUAGUGAGAUAAUAUCUUCAACUGUAAACAAUAAGACCUAU